GCCGCAGGACGCAGGGAAGCCGACUAGCGAGCGGCGACGGCGGUGGCAGUUAGCGGCGAGGGCGACGGCUCCGAGGGCGGCUGGCUCCCGGACGAGGUCCUUGGUGUCUUCUUCCGCAUGCGCCCAUCGGGUUUCACUUAUGUAGUUCCGGCUUGCCUUGAACAGAGAUCCUCCUGCCUGCCUCAGCUGCCUGAGCGCUGGGAUUACAGGCCCAGCUCAUUGGUGGUAUCUUUGAGGAAUUGAACUCAGGACCUUGUGCUUCCCAGCCAGGUGCUGUGCCACUGAGCUAUAUCCCCAGCCCUGUAUGGGACUAUUGAAUGGUUUAGAAGUGAUCGGCCUUUGUAUCUUUCCCACAUCUGAAGAUGGUGAAGCUAGAUAUUCAUACGCUGGCCCAUCACCUCAAGCAGGAGCGCUUGUAUGUGAACUCUGAGAAGCAGCUCAUUCAGAGGCUCAAUGCAGAUGUGCUUAAGACUGCUGAAAAGUUGUAUCGAACAGCAUGGAUUGCGAAGCAACAGAGAAUUAAUUUGGAUCGGCUUAUCAUAACCAGUGCUGAAGCAUCCCCUGCUGAGUGUUGCCAGCACGCCAAGAUUUUGGAAGAUACACAGUUUGUGGAUGGAUAUAAGCAAUUGGGAUUUCAGGAGACUGCUUACGGUGAAUUCUUGAGUCGAUUAAGAGAAAAUCCUCGACUUAUCGCCUCCUCUUUGGUUGCUGGUGAGAAACUUAAUCAGGAGAACACACAAAGUGUUAUUUACACAGUUUUUACCUCCCUGUAUGGCAACUGUAUUAUGCAGGAAGAUGAAAGCUACCUCCUUCAAGUUUUACGAUACUUGAUUGAAUUUGAACUUAAAGAAAGUGACAACCCCAGGAGACUUCUGAGAAGAGGAACUUGUGCCUUCAGUAUCUUAUUUAAACUUUUUUCUGAAGGACUGUUUUCUGCCAAACUUUUCCUCACGGCUACUUUACAUGAGCCAAUAAUGCAACUGCUUGUUGAAGAUGAAGAUCACCUAGAAACAGAUCCAAACAAGCUAAUUGAGAGAUUCUCCCCAUCUCAGCAAGAAAAACUCUUCGGGGAGAAAGGCUCAGAUAGAUUCAGGCAAAAGGUUCAAGAGAUGGUAGAUUCCAAUGAGGCCAAACUGGUGGCUCUGGUGAACAAAUUUAUUGGUUAUCUCAAACAGAACACGUACUGCUUUCCACAUAGUCUGCGGUGGAUUGUGUCACAGAUGUACAAGACUCUAUCCUGUGUGGACAGACUGGACAUAGGGGAGGUCAGGGCGAUGUGCACCGAUCUCCUGCUGGCUUGCUUUAUUUGUCCUGCAGUUGUCAAUCCAGAGCAGUAUGGGAUAAUUUCUGAUGCUCCUAUUAAUGAGGUGGCACGAUUUAAUCUGAUGCAGGUUGGCCGCCUGUUGCAGCAGUUAGCAAUGACUGGCUCUGAAGAGGGAGAUCCCCGAACAAAAAGCAGCCUUGGAAAAUUUGACAAAAGCUGUGUUGCUGCAUUCCUUGAUGUUGUGAUCGGGGGCCGUGCAGUGGAGACGCCUCCCAUGUCCUCUGUUAAUCUUCUGGAAGGGUUGAGCAGAACAGUGGUUUAUAUAACCUACAGUCAGCUUCUUACUCUGGUGAAUUUUAUGAAGAGUGUGAUGUCUGGAGAUCAACUGAGAGAAGACAGAAUGGCUCUUGACAAUUUAUUGGCAAACCUACCCCAGGCUAAGCCAGGAAAAAGCAGCAGUUUAGAAAUGACUCCCUACAGUACUCCUCAGCUGUCUCCAGCAACCACCCCAGCAAACAAGAAGAAUCGAUUACCUAUUGCACCUCGGAGCAGAAGCCGCACCAAUAUGCUGAUGGACCUGCAUAUGGACCAUGAAGGAUCAUCUCAAGAAACCAUCCAGGAGGUACAACCAGAAGAGGUGUUGGUCAUUUCCUUAGGGACAAGUCCCCAGCUCACUCCAGGAAUGAUGUCAGAAAAUGAGGUCCUAAACAUGCAACUUGCGGAUGGAGGACAAGGAGAUGUCCCAGUUGAUGAAAACAAACUCCACGGUAAACCUGAUAAAACCUUGCGCUUUUCCCUCUGCAGUGAUAAUCUGGAAGGCAUAUCUGAAGGUCCUUCAAAUCGCUCCAAUUCAGUGUCUUCUCUAGACUUGGAGGGAGAGUCUGUAUCAGAACUUGGAGCGGGACCUUCUGGAAGUAAUGGAGUUGAAGCACUACAGCUGUUAGAACAUGAGCAAGCUACGACACAAGAUAAUCUUGAUGAUAAACUAAGAAAAUUUGAGAUUCGUGACAUGAUGGGACUAACAGAUGAUAGGGACAUAUCAGAAACAGUGAGUGAGACCUGGAGCACAGAUGUCUUGGGCAGUGACUUUGAUCCUAACAUCGACGAAGAUCGCUUGCAGGAAAUUGCAGGUGCAGCAGCAGAGAACAUGUUAGGCAGUUUGCUGUGCCUUCCUGGUUCAGGGUCAGUGCUCCUUGACCCUUGCACUGGUUCUACCAUAUCGGAGACAACAAGUGAAGCUUGGAGUGUAGAGGUAUUGCCAAGUGACUCAGAGGCCCCAGACCUAAAACAGGAGGAGCGCCUGCAAGAGCUGGAGAGUUGUUCUGGACUGGGCAGCACGUCUGAUGAUACAGAUGUCAGGGAGGUCAGUUCCCGCCCCAGCACACCAGGCCUCAGUGUCGUGUCGGGCAUAAGUGCCACCUCUGAGGAUAUUCCCAAUAAGAUCGAAGACUUGAGAUCUGAGUGCAGCUCUGAUUUUGGGGGUAAAGAUUCUGUCACUAGUCCAGAUAUGGAUGAAAUAACUCAUGGUGCCCAUCAGCUGACUUCCCCUCCUUCUCAGUCAGAGUCUCUGCUCGCUAUGUUUGAUCCACUGUCUUCGCAUGAAGGGGCUUCUGCAGUGGUAAGGCCAAAGGUUCACUAUUCCAGACCAUCACAUCCACCUCCAGACCCUCCAAUCCUGGAAGGAGCAGUGGGAGGAAAUGAGGCCAGGUUGCCCAACUUCGGUUCUCAUGUUUUAACUCCAGCUGAAAUGGAAGCGUUCAGGCAAAGGCAUUCUUACCCUGAGAGACUGGUUCGCAGCAGGAGCUCUGAUAUAGUGUCUUCUGUCCGGCGACCCAUGAGUGACCCCAGUUGGAACCGACGUCCAGGGACUGAAGAGCGAGAACUCCCUCCGGCUGCAGCCAUUGGUGCUACUUCUUUGGUGGCUGCACCUCACUCAUCAUCUUCAUCUCCUAGCAAAGACUCCUCAAGAGGAGAGACUGAAGAUCGUAAAGAUAGCGAUGAUGAGAAAUCAGACAGGAACAGACCUUGGUGGAGAAAACGUUUUGUUUCAGCCAUGCCUAAAGCUCCUAUACCAUUUAGAAAGAAAGAAAAACAAGAAAAAGACAAAGAUGAUCUGGGGCCUGACAGAUUCUCAACACUCACAGAUGAUCCCAGCCCUAGGGUCAGUGCACAAGCUCAGGUCGCUGAGGAUAUUCUGGACAAAUACCGGAAUGCCAUUAAAAGGACCAGCCCCAGUGAAGGAGCAAUGGCAAACUAUGAAAGUGCAGAAGUCCUGGGUGAUGGUGAAAGUGCACAUGAUUCUCCUCGUGAUGAAACGCUACAGAACAUCUCAGCUGAUGAUCUCCCAGACUCUGCGAGCCAAGCAGCCCAUCCUCAGGAUUCAGCUUUCUCUUACAGAGAUGCGAAAAAGAAACUGAGACUUGCUCUUUGCUCUGCGGAUUCUGUUGCCUUCCCAGUACUGACUCAUUCAACAAGAAAUGGAUUACCAGACCAUACAGACCCGGAAGACAAUGAAAUUGUAUGCUUCUUAAAAGUUCAAAUAGCUGAAGCAAUAAAUUUACAAGAUAAGAACUUAAUGGCUCAGCUUCAAGAAACGAUGCGCUGUGUGUGCCGAUUUGAUAAUAGGACUUGUAGGAAACUGCUGGCAUCCAUCGCUGAGGACUACAGGAAACGAGCCCCAUAUAUUGCAUAUCUCACUCGCUGUCGGCAAGGGCUCCAGACCACACAGGCUCACCUGGAAAGGCUGUUGCAAAGGGUUUUGCGUGACAAAGAGGUGGCCAACCGAUACUUCACCACUGUCUGUGUGAGGUUACUGCUUGAGAGCAAAGAGAAGAAGAUCAGGGAAUUCAUUCAAGACUUUCAGAAACUCACAGCAGCUGAUGAUAAAACUGCUCAGGUAGAAGAUUUUCUGCAGUUCCUUUAUGGUGCAAUGGCCCAGGAUGUCAUAUGGCAAAAUGCCAGUGAAGAGCAGCUUCAGGAUGCUCAGCUGGCUAUUGAACGAAGUGUGAUGAAUCGGAUUUUCAAGCUUGCUUUCUACCCUAACCAGGAUGGGGACAUACUUCGUGACCAGGUUCUUCAUGAACACAUCCAAAGAUUGUCGAAAGUAGUGACUGCAAACCACAGAGCUCUUCAGAUACCAGAGGUUUAUCUUCGAGAGGCGCCGUGGCCAUCUGCACAAUCUGAAAUCAGGACAAUAAGUGCUUAUAAAACCCCCCGGGACAAAGUGCAGUGCAUCCUGAGAAUGUGCUCCACCAUUAUGAACCUCCUGAGCCUGGCCAAUGAGGAUUCCGUCCCCGGAGCAGAUGACUUUGUCCCUGUGUUGGUGUUCGUGCUGAUAAAGGCAAACCCACCCUGUUUGCUGUCUACUGUGCAGUACAUCAGCAGCUUCUACGCCAGCUGUCUGUCCGGAGAGGAGUCCUACUGGUGGAUGCAGUUCACAGCAGCAGUGGAAUUCAUUAAGACCAUCGAUGACCGGAAGUGACCGAGACCAGGGCCCACCACGGCAGCAGACUGUUAACAGGGCAAACAGAUCUCUAAGAAAAUGAAGCAGCUGCUUCAAAGGCUGAAGAUUGUUUUUUUGUAUAAUAUUGUACAGUAUUCAAACCUUUUAAAAACAGAUCUUUACUAAGCAGAUUAAUGAGCUAACAAGCAGGUUCUCUUUUCUUUGGACUCUUUUCCUUUCUUAGUUGCAUAUUUUAUUUUCUUGUCCCCAAGUAGAGAAUAGCACUUCAAAAAGGGACCACAUUUUUCAGGUAUUUUGAAAUAUCAAAAACCAGAACAGAAUAUCUUAGAAAAUUCCUAGACUUCCAUUCAUGGAUAUCCCAUUUUCUCCUUUUUUUUAAAAAAAGAACAGUACACUUCUUUUAAGAUGCUGUCUUAUAUGCAUCUAAUGGAAGGAAAAUAUCAGCUGCACUGAGGAUCAUAGUAGUGGUGCAUUUGUGGCAUUAUCUAUAAAUACACUCACCUGAGUUGAAAAGCUAAGAAGGAAAUGUAAAUAUAAUAUAUAUUUAUAUUUGAUGUAAUAUGGGCCUCUUCAGAUUCUAAUAAACAAGGAAUAUUGCUGAUAGUAGGUUGUGACAUACCCUCUUGUGAAAUGGUUUCCUUGACAAAAUUUAAGCUGAGCUUAAAAGCAAAAUACAAAAACCGUACAGAAAUAUUUAUUAAGGUGGGAGAUAGUUUAUUGCACUGUCUAGGAGUAGAGACUUUGAUAAGUCACACAGGUGUAUCUCUCGGUGGCCGUGGUGACCCUGCACGUCAAGGUGGACUCUGACUACCAUGUGUUACACUACAAGGAACAGUCGACAUCUAGUACUUUAUCUUGGUACUUCUCAUCUGGAAUACUGAGUAUACUAUAGAAACCCCAGACAGAGCUCCUUAAAACCUUUCAUUGUUAUCUAUUUUUGAUGAUUAUUCACAUUGAAUGCAUAGACCAGGAAUUCAGUGAAUGUCAUUUUUUAAAACUAAUUUGUAUUGUUUGCUGUAGUGAUACAAGUUUUACUAGUGAUAAACUAUUUUAAUCAACCAUACUAUUCUUACGGAAAAAAAAGUCUAUUUUGGCAGGUUUCUGUGCCUUUAUUUCUCUCUUCUGAAAAACAAGUGUAUGUUUCAGUAGUUCACUUUGCAUUGCGUAUUGAUAACUAAUCAGGAAUGGGCUUUGGCGUGUGGGCAGCUGGCCCAGGAUGCACCAGAGCUCCAAGCACAAGUCCUGUCCUAGGCCACCAUCAACUGGUUUCACUUUGUAUGUUUUCUAAAUGUGUAGCUUCUUUUAUAUCAACUGCAGCCUCGUACUUUGAGUCCCUUGUUGCUGGUGGCAUUUUUUAAGGGAGCUGUGACAACCAGCCUUGAGCAGCUGCACACAGAGGCUGUCUGCUCCCCGCCCUGCGGCUUCCAUGUCUCCUCAUGCUGGAAGGAGGUGGAUUUUCUUCAUGCCUCCACCUCUUCUCAUUCCUUUAUUUUAAAAUGCCAAAAUAAUAAUUUAGAUAGGAGUAUGGGGUGUGGUUUCUGCCUGUUAGGGAGAGAUAAGAGCUAAACUAGUACUAAAAAAUGUCCCUUUGAAUGUAGGUCAAGAAAUCCUUGUACAGAGUCAUAUGUUUCAUGGGCUGUCACUGUCAGCUGGCCUCGGUAUUGGAAGUCAAAUCCUAUUGUAAAUACAUUGCCAGACAAACUGUGAUGUGACUUCUGAGACCUGGGAGGGAGUCCAUUCACUACAGCAUUUGAUUGAAAAACUGGUAAGAGAAGACCUUAAAUAGUUGGAACUCAUUGUUAUGGGACUUGAGUCAUCAAUCAGUGAGACUUUGCUUUUCAAUGGUAGCUAAUAUAUUCCAUGUUGUUACUGUGGAAAUAAAUAUGAAGAUGUGGA